AUGAAGACUGUAGGCAUUGACGCAGCCUCGCCUCGCACGCUUCACUUCAAGUGCGAGUCUUGUGAUUAUUCUACGGACGAACAUCAGACAUUGGCAAGAAUGACCGAAUCGAAACUAAAGCGGCAGCGAAGCAUGAAGACGUCAGUUGUUAAAGUGCAUCUUGUAGAGCUUAUUCGUGACCUUGAUAAGGCCAACGAAGAGACCGACAAACACUACGGAUUGUUCGUGUGGCCGUCAGCGCUUUUACUAUCUCAGUUCGUUGCCCACGAAGCAGACUCGCUCUGUCGCGAUAAAGUCGUCCUGGAAUUAGGUUGUGGUACAGGACUCCCGUCGAUUCUUGCUAGCUUGUGCGGGGCGACAAAGGUAUAUUUAACGGAUCGACCGGGCGCACCGGACAUUCAAUGCAACGCCGAGACCAACAUCAGACUCAACGGCAUUGAAGAUCGUGCUGAAUUUAUAUCCUUGGCUUGGGGUGACAUGCACGUGUCCGAUGCAAUCCUUUCCGUCUUUCAGACAGUCCAAGUCAUUCUCGCCGCUGACUGUUUCUACCAAUCUAAAGAUUUUGAAAAGGUGCUUGCGACUGUAGCUUUGGUCUGCCGUUGUAGUCUUUCAAGCUCGUGCACGUUCUACUUUACUUACCAACUACGCAGUCUCAACGAAUCGAUCGCACCUCUACUAUCUCGUUGGGGUUUAGUCGCCAAGUCAAUUGCCACGAGUAAUCUUCCAUUCGACAAGAACUUUGAUAGUGACCAAGCCGUGAACAAUAUCUAUCUCUACCAAGUCAAUGCUCAGUUUUAG